AUGGCCACGGAGCCGCCCUCCCCGCUGCUGCGCCUGGACGCCGCCGGCGCCCCGCAUCAUCCUCAUCACCGCCGCCGCCACCACCACCGCCCCGAGCUCCGCGUUCGGACCCAGCUCCUGCCCCUGCCCCGCGCCCCCGAGGGGCCCCCCCAGCGCCCCGGCGACCCCCCGCGGUUCCUCAACGGCUGCGUCCCCCUGUCGCAUCAGGUGGCCGGCCACAUGUACGGGAAGGACAAAGUGGGUAUCCUACAACAUCCUGAUGGCACAGUUUUGAAACAGUUACAGCCUCCUCCAAGGGGUCCUAGAGAGCUGGAAUUCUAUAAUAUGGUUUAUGCUGCUGAUUGUAGUGAUGGUGUUCUUUUAGAGCUACGAAAAUAUUUGCCAAAAUAUUAUGGCACCUGGUCACCCCCCACUGCACCAAAUGAUUUAUACCUUAAACUGGAAGAUGUGACCCAUAAAUUUAAUAAGCCCUGUAUAAUGGAUGUAAAGAUAGGGCGAAAAAGCUAUGAUCCUUUUGCCUCACCUGAGAAGAUUCAGCAGCAGGUCAGCAAGUACCCACUAAUGGAAGAGAUUGGGUUCCUGGUGCUUGGCAUGAGGGUAUAUCAAGUUCAUUCUGAUAGCUAUGAGACAAAAAAUCAGCACUAUGGGAGAAGCUUAACGAAAGAAACGCUAAAGGAUGGAGUUUCCAAGUUUUUUCACAAUGGAUAUUGUUUAAGAAGAGAUGCUGUUGCUGCCAGUAUUCAGAAGAUUGAGAGUAUCCUGCAGUGGUUUGAAAGCCAGAAGCAGCUUAACUUUUAUGCAAGCUCAUUACUCUUUGUUUAUGAAGGUUCAUCUCAGCCAACCGCGACUACAAAAGUGAAUGAAAGAACUUUGGCAGAAAAGAUUUUGUCCAAAAGACAAUUCUCGGAUACAGAUGUCCUCGAGUACAAUAAUAACUUUCACAUGUUGGAUUCUACAGCAAAUGGAAAAAUAGAGGCUACAGUGGGCAAAAGCUUGUCCAAAAUAUAUGCCCGUCACAGAAAAAUGUACCCCAAGAAACAUCACAGCCAGACUUCACUGAAGGUUGAAAGCAUAGAGCAAGACAAUGGGUGGAAAAGCAUGUCACAGGAACAUUUAAACGGAAAUGUGCUCUCCCAGCUGGAAAAAGUUUUCUACCAUCUUCCCAGUGGCUGUCAAGAGAUCGGAGAUGUCGAAGUGCGAAUGAUAGAUUUUGCUCAUGUAUUUCCCAGCAGCACAAUAGACGAGGGAUAUGUUUAUGGGCUGAAGCAUUUAAUAACUGUCCUGCAGAGUAUUUUAGACAGUUGAACAAUUUGUUGCUGUUUUUUGUAAGGGACAGGGCAAUCAUAAUGAAGAGCAGCAGUUCAUAUCUCUGCCCUUGUAAUGCUAUGUAAAAACAUUUGUAUUGUGAGUCUAUAGACUUUGUCUUUAUACUUUUGGUAGAAGGGUUAACUUUUUUAUAAUCUUACUCAGGAAAACUAAUUAUUUGUUCAUUCGAAUACUAUGAAGAAUAAAGAAACCCAGGAAUGGUCAGCAGGGAAUGUGGUGGUACAUGGCUUAAAAAUCUAUUUGGCUCAAACGAAAUGUGAACCAUUAAUUCACCAAGAGGCUAGUUAGUUUUCUGUAGUCAGUUUAUCACGACAUUUCU